GUGGCCUUCUCAGUCACUGGAUCCGAGUCUAAUAGAACAUCUUUGGGAUGUGGGAGAACAAAGAAAAUCUGCAGGACUUGCUCAGUGUGAUCACGAUCAGCAUGGAUAGAAAAUCUCAGUGAAAUGUUUCCAACAUUACGUGGAAUCCAUGCCAGCGUCUUGAGAGCAAAGGGAGGCCCUACCUAGUAUUAGUUCCUAAUAAAGUGCUCUGAGAGUUUUAUUUCUUCUGGUUUGGUCUCCCACACAACAUACUAUUACACUAAGUGGUAUAAAGGUACACCUAUGCAGUUAUUUCUCUGGUGUGUUGAAUGCACCAGAAUGCAGGCACUGAAUUGAACCUACACUAUAAUGCCAAAAGUUUUGGGACACUUCUCCAAAUCCUUGAAUUCAGGUGCUGUUUUUCAGGGCUUGGGCUUGGCCCCUUAGGUCCAGAGUUCAGCAAACCAAGACCUCUUGGACAAUUUCAUGCUCCCAACUUUGUGGGAACAGUUUGGGGCACACCAGUGCACAAAGACAUGGAGUUUGGUGUGGAGGAGCCUGACCGGUCCUGACCUCAACCUGAUAGAACACCUUUGGGAUGAAUCAGAGCGGAGACAGACCUUCUCGUCCAGCAUCAGUGCCUGACCUCACAAAAAUGGUCAUUAAAAGAAUUCCCAUAAACACACUCCUACACCUUGUGGAAAGCCUUCCCAGAAGCUGUUAUAGCUGCAAAGGACGGGACAACUCCAUAUUACAUUCAUGUGCAUGUAAAGGCAGAUGUUCCAAAACUUUUGGCAAUAUAGUGUAUUCAAAGAGUCUAAGUGAGUCGAUACAAAGAGUCGAAUCUUUCGAGAAUCCUUAAAUGGUUUAGACAGUGGUGUGAGAUGAAAACAUGGUUUAGAGCAAAGACAAGGUGGAUGUGUUUACUCUCUUAUUAAAAUCAGAUAAAUGAGUGUUAAACUGCCCCCCCAUGCUCCCCUCCCCCCCCUCCCCUUCAGUCUGGAUAAUGAAAGUAAGACGCUGUGUAUUCUUCCGUAUUGAGCCAGCACAAGGACGAAGGGCACGGAGAGACUACCGCGAAUCUCGCAGACCAUGAAAAGGCAGGUUUCCAACCAUACAGGGGGAGAGGAAGAUGAUUUAAUGAAAAGGCCCAGAACAUCAGCAGACUCAGUAGUCACGAUGGCCGAAAGAACAGACUCAACUGCUUCCAGUACUUUGUCCUUGGACCAGAUUAUCCCUUUCAGAGGAGAGGAAAAUCACAGGACCGAAAGGGUUGAAAUAAAGGGAUCAGAUGCACCAACAAAGCUACCUCGGUACCAAGAUGGAAAAUUCUGCCCACAGCACUGUGCUCCCCUCGAAGUUUACUGCAAGACAGACCGGACACUGAUCUGUAAACACUGUGCCACACUACAACACCAAGGCCACAAAAAGUGCUACACAGUAGGAGCCAAGGUCUUCCAGGAGCUGGACACAACGUUUCUACUCGAGCAAACAUUGAAUAAUGUAGACAAGAACAAGCUCAUGUGUUACCUAUCUCAAAAUUACCCACAAUGCUUUGAGACUCCUCAGGUGCCUUGUGAUGUCCAGGAUGUGUCUAAACUUAUUCUGGAGAGAUUUGGCUCCGAGGUGGCACUGAAGAUCGCUCUAAAGGUCAUGUUGGAGAAAGGGGGCCAUUUGGAAACCAUUCAAGAUCGUCUAAAAUCUAAACUACAGCGUCAUCUCAAAUCUAAGUUCGAGUGCAUAAACGAAGGAAAUGCUCAGCAAGGGACUCCGAUUCUCCUAAACGAUAUCUACACUGAGCUCCUCAUUACAGAAGGAGGGGAUGAAGGUAUUAAUAAAGAACAUGAGGUCAGACUGAUUGAGGAAGCAUGCAAGAACAGAGACACGCAGGAGACCGUGAUACAAUGCAACGACAUCUUUAAACCUUUACACGGACAGAAGAAGCGCAUCCGCACCGUGUUAACAAAGGGCAUUGCUGGGAUCGGGAAAACGGUUUCUGUCCACAAAUUCAUCUUGGACUGGGCAGAAGGAAAAGAGAACCAGGAUAUUUACUUCAUUUUCCCGCUUCCUUUCCGUGAUCUGAAUUUAAAGAGAGAUAACAAAUAUAGCGUGUUGCAACUUCUUCAUCAAUAUUUUCCAGAACUUAAAGAAUUGAAAUCUGUUAGUAGUGAGAAAACAAAAGCCAUGUUCAUCUUUGACGGCCUGGACGAGUGCAGACUUCCUCUUGAUUUCAUGAACAACGAAAUGUGUUGUGACGUAACAAAGGAAAUCCCUGUAGAUGUGCUGCUAACAAACCUCAUCCGAGGAAAUCUACUUCCCACCGCACUUCUGUGGAUAACCUCCCGGCCAGCGGCGGCCGAUCAGAUCCCUCCUGAUUGUAUCGAUCGGGUUACAGAGGUUCGAGGAUUUAACGACUCAGAGAAAGUGCGAUACUUCAGGAAGAGGUUCAGUGAUCCAAGUCUUGCUGACAAAAUUGUUGCACACGUUAAAUCUUCAAGGAGCCUCCACAUCAUGUGUCAUAUACCAGUCUUCUGCUGGAUUUCAGCUACGGUUCUGGAAAGAAUGUUGGGUAAAGCAGACAUGGAGGUGCCUAAAACUCUGACUCAGAUGUACACUCACUUCCUCAUCAUCCAGACACAUUUAAAGAACAAGAAGUACCAUGGAAUGACCAAGGAAGACAUGGACCUGACGGAAUCCGACAAGGAAAUGCUUCUUAAACUGGCUGAGCUAGCGUUUCUGCAGCUGGAGAAAGGAAAUCUGAUUUUCUAUGAAGAAGAUCUGAUUGAAUGUGGCAUUAAUGUUGCCGAAGCAUCUGAGUACUCCGCGAUUUGCACAGAAAUCUUUAAAGAAGAGUUCGGAUUGUACCGAGAGAAGGUCUUCUGCUUCGUCCACCUGAGUAUUCAGGAGCAUCUAGCAGCGAUGUACGUGCUGGUUAAAUUUGUAAACAAUGAUAUGAACAUUUUCAGUAAAGAUGCAGGGAAUCUGAACCAAACCACAAAGAUAUCAGAUUUACACAAGAGUGCUGUAGACAGAGCCAUGCAGAGUGAGAACGGACACUUUGACCUUUUCCUGCGCUUUCUUCUCGGUCUCUCACUUGACUCUAAUCAGGUUCUUCUGAGAGGACUGCUGCCAAAAAGCUGCUCUGAGAACUUGGAAGAAACAGUUGAGUACAUUAAAGAGAGGAUCAGAAACGAAUCAUCAGCAGAAAGAACAAUCAACUUAUUUCACUGUCUGAAUGAACUGAAUUACAACUCACUGGUGGAAGAAAUUCAUAGUUUCUUGAGCUCAGGCAGGAAUUCAGAGACUGAGCUCAAACCUGACCAGUGCUCGGCUCUAGCCUAUGUGCUGCUAACAUCUGAUGAUGUGAUUAAUGAAUUUGACGUAAAAACGUGCAAUACAUCUCUUGAGGGAUAUCAGAGGCUGUUGCCGGUUGUCAGGAACCUAAGAAAAGCAAUCCUCGCUGGUAUCAACCUCACAGACGAAUCCUGCGAGACUCUGGCUUCGAUCCUCCAGUCAGCUAACUCGCACCUGACAGAACUGGACCUCAGUUUCAACAAUUUGGGAGAUUUAGGAGUCAAGCUCCUUUGUAGUGGCCUCUCAAAUCCACACAACAGACUACUGAAACUAAAUUUCAGCUACAACAAGCUUGAAUUAAUAGGAGUGAGGCAGCUUUGCGAUUGUCUGAUAGAUCCACACUGCAAACUGCAGACACUUGGACUGGCUGGAACCAACUUCUCAGAACAGUCUUGUGAAUUAAUGGCCUCGGUUUUCCAGUCUGUGACCUCCCACCUCAGAGAGCUUGACCUUGGCUGCAACAUUUUGAGAGACUCUGGAGUGAAGCUUCUCACUGUGGGACUAAACACUAUACAGUGCAAAAUUGAGAAACUUGGACUGGACAGAUGUAGCCUUACAACCGAAUCGUGUGAAGCCUUGAAAGCCGUUCUGCAGUCACCCAACUCACACCUUAGAGAGCUGAACCUGAGCUACAAUAAACUGGAAAUCUCAGCAGUGCAACAGCUCUGUGAUGGGCUAACAUGUCCAAACUGCAAACUGGAAGGACUGGAUCUCAGCUACAACAACCUUAGCCAUUCUGGAGUAAAACUUCUCUGUGCCGGAUUGAUGAAUCCAGACUGUAAAAUCAAGAGCAUAAGAAUUGCUGAUGUUGGCAUUUCAGACGAGGCAUGUGAAACGCUGGCUUUGGCUCUACAGUCCACAAAUCCACAUCUGAGAGAGCUUGAUCUCAGCAACAACUGGAUAGGAGACUCAGGAGUAAAACUGCUCUGUGAAGGACUCAUCAGCCCAAAGAGCAAACUAGAAAAACUGAGCCUGCGCUGGUGUAAUCUCACAGACAGUUCUUGUGUGAAUCUGGCCAAAGUCCUGAGUACCCCCACUUGCUUGACAGAUUUGGAGCUAAGAGACAACGACCUGUAUGAUUCAGGUGUGGAGAUGCUUUGCACUGGUCUGCGACAUCCACACUGCUCACUGCAGAGACUGGGUCUUUCAGGGUGUUGUGUUACAGAGGAAGGCUGUUCUACCCUAGCCCUAUCUUUAAGAUCAGAUCAUUCACAAUUAAGAGAGCUAGACCUCAGCUACAAUCACCCAGGAGAGGCAGGAAUGAGACAGCUCACUGCUGUUCGGAAUGAUCCACACAGUAAACUGGAGAAAUUCAGUGUGGACCACAGUGAUGAAUGCAGAACCAAACAAGGAAUGAAGAAAUAUGCCUGUGAGAUCACCCUAGACCCAAACACCGCACACAAAACCCUGAUAUUGACCAGAAACAAAAUGGUGACGAUGACAAAAGAUGCACAGCCGUAUCCCGAUCAUCCAGACCGCUUCGAGUACUAUGCUGAAGUUCUGUGCAAAGAAUCCCUGAUCGGCACUCGCUUCUACUGGGAAGUUGAGUGGACCGGAGAUGUCGUUUACAUAGGGGUCGCUUACAAAGGGAUCGACAGAAAAGGCCGCAGCACAGACUGUAAACUGGGGAUGAAUAACAAAUCCUGGAUUCUGUCCUGUUCGAACGACUACGGCUAUUACGUUAGUUAUAAUAACAUAGAGACCGUUGUACCUGCUCCACAAAAUCCGUCCAAAAGAAUGGGUAUUUAUCUAGACUGGAAUGCUGGCACACUCUCUUAUUUUAUCAUCUCAGCUGGCAGGCUGUAUCACACAUAUACGUUUCACACAACAUUCACUGAGCCACUUUAUCCAGCCAUCAGGGUCUAUAACUACAGUGACACAGUCACAUUGUGUGAGCUAGUAUAACACUAGGGCAUGCAUUUUUGGAAAUUUAAAAAGCAUGCAGUGAAUUUAGUCCUGUGAUAAGGAAGAGUUUAAGCCAGGGGUGUCCAAUCUUAUCCAGAAAGGGCCGGUGUGGGUGCAGGUUUUCAUUCCAACCAAGCACCUGAUUCCAACUGGCUAAUCAACUGAUCUUGGCUUUCAGUAGACUAAGGUGUGGCUUCUGCUCGUUUGGAAUGAAAACCUGCACCCACACCGGCUGUUUGCGGAUAAGAUUGGACACCCCUGGUUUAAGCAGAGGAGAUUUAUUUAUUUAUUUUGACAAAUAGGGUACAAGGCAGUAGUGAGACCGUCCAUACUGUAUGGUUUAGAGGCAGUGUCACUGAGGAAGAGACAAGUACAUCAGAGGGACAGCUCAUGUCAGACAUUUGGGGGACGAAGUUAGAGAGGCUAGAUUAAGAUGGUUUGGACAUGUCCAGAGGAGGGAGAGUGAGUAUAUUGGUAGGAGAAUGUUGGACAUGGAGCUGCCAGGCAGGAGGGAAAGAGGAAGGCCAAAGAGGAGGUAUAUGGAUGUAAUAAAUGAGGAUAUGAAGCUAGUGGGUGCAAGUGUUGAGGAUGCAGAAGACAGGGAUAGGUGGAGGGAGAUGAUUCGCUGUGGCCACCCCUGAAGGGAAAAGCCGAAAGAAGAAGAAGAAGAAGAAGAUUAUAUGAUUAUAUAUAGUCAUGGCAAAACAAAUGUACACCCUCUAUGUUCUAUGUGGUUAUUUAUUUGCUUAAACAACAGAUGUGUGGCCUUGACCAGCUUCUAUAAACUAAUAAGCACCCUCUUAUCGUUCAGUAUCAUGUAGAACGCCUAGGAAGAUUUGCAACUAUCUUAAAGGUGAAAGAAAGUUUUGGAGAUGACCUUAUAACCCAUCCCAACUUUAUAAGCAGUCAUAAUUGCUUCGCUGAGGUCAUGGCUCAUGUCCUUUCUUCAUGGCAUCACGUAGACACACCUGGGUGCUUCAGAAAACCAAACUUCCAAAAGGUUCUGCUUUUAUAGAGAUAGAAAUAGUCACACUUUUAUGGUAUCUGUUAGAUCCCCCAGCUUGAUUGUUCUUGGGGGCUUGAAGAUGAAGAAUAAGAUGUGAUUACAUUUAUAUUAUUAACAUUUAUGGCAUUUGGCAGACACCCUUAUCCACUUACUUUAAUCUCUUUUAUACAUCUGAGCAGGUGAUGGUUACAGGCCUUGCUCAAUGGCAGCUUGAUGGCCCUGGGGUUUAAACUUAUAAUCUUCCAAUCAGUGGUCCAACAUCAUCAGACAAUAACACAACCCCGGCUGAUUUCAAAAAGCUAGAGUGAAGAUUCAUUAGAAAUAUUAAAAUGCUUUUAAACCAUAUUAACAUAUAUAUGUACAUUAUUUAUUUUAAUAUGAUUGCUGUAUUAUUGUGAAAAUAAAGCCAAAGAUACGAGCAACAAACUGUUUGUUAUUGACGAGGAGCAGGAAGCCGAGCCGAUGCGUCUGAACCAGAGGAGAACCAGAAACGUUACUACACUCUUCCUGUAUACACCGAGCAGCCAUAACAUUAUGACCACCUGCCUAAUAUUGUGUCAGUCCCCCUUUUGCUGCCAAAACAACCCUGACUCCACUGGAUCCCUGAAGGUGUGCUGUGGCACCAAGAUAUUAGGAGCAGAUCCUGUAAGUCCUGUAAGUUGCGAUGUGGGGCCUCCAUAGAUCGGACUUGUUUGUCCAGCACAUCCCACAGAUGCUCGAUUGGAUUGAGAUCUGGGGAAUUCGAGGGCCAAGUCAACACCUCAAACUGGUUGUUGUGCUCAUCAAACCAUUCCUGAACCAUUUUUGUCACCGGUUCACCACUAUUCCUUCCUUGGACCACUUUUGAUAGAUACUGACCACUGCAGACCGGGAACACCCCACAAGAGCUGCAGUUUUAGAGAUGCUCUGAUCCAGUCGUCUAGCCAUCACAAUUUGGCCCUUCGUCAAACUCGCUCAAAUCCUUACGCUUAUCCAUUUUUCCUGCUUCUAACACAUCGACUUUGAGGACAAAAUGUUCACUUGCUGUCUAAUAUAUCCCACCCACUAACAGGUGCCAUGAUGAGGAGAGCAUCAGUCUUAUUCACGGCACCUGUAACUGGUCAUAAUGUUAUGCCUGAUCGGUGAAUUCUUGUAUCCUUAUAUACUCAUAUAGUUGGUGCAUUUGUCAUUAAUUUACUAUUCAUAUAAUACAAAUGUAAAAAGUGACAAGAGAAAUAACAAAGGCUGAUAAACAAGAAACCAUAUUUAAAGAUGCAUUU